CGCGAAAAUUAGCUCCUGUUGAAGGGUCUAAAUUGGGUGUUUGUACAACUGGCAAACCUUUCUCUGCUGAGAGUUCCGACUGGUCGCAGCAAGGCCUCGCGUCUAGUUCCCUUCAAAAAACAGCUGCUGGAACUAGCUUGUGUCAGCGCUAUGGAACUCGCCGUGGUGCGUAUUAUUUUUCUCGUUUGCGCUUUCCACACGAUUGCGGAUGCCUUCCGUAUUCUACGACCCGGCCCCCUAAGGAUUUAUAAUAACACAGACGAAGAGCUGAAGUCGAGAUGGCCAUGGGUUAAACAGAAAUUCCACAAAAAAAUGCAGUCACCUGUUGAUAUCAACACGGACCAGUGUACUUUCGUUCGACUACCCCCUAUCUACUUUAUUCAGUAUUGGGAAGCCGAAGGUGAUAUGGCUAUUUUGGAAAACACAGGACACACAGUGAAGUUGAAACUGCAGCCGAAAACACCUAUCAGGAAGCGACCGAUGAUUUCGGGAGGACCCGCUCAAGGUAUUUACGUUUUCGACUCAAUGCACAUGCACUGGGGAGAGACAGACAACAACGGAAGCGAACAUCUUCUAGAUGGACAACCGUUCUCGUGUGAGAUGCACAUUGUUCAUUACAACUUAAAGUACAAGACGCUUGAAAAUGCUCUCAACUAUUUCGACGGGCUCCUCGUGACAGGAUUCUUUGGCGAUGCGGUAGAGUUGGACAAUCCGGAAUUGCAAGAAUUUAUCGACGAUUUGAAGCAAAUCCACGAUUGCAACAAAUCGAUCACGGUGCCGAUAAAACCAAUUUUCACGUUCAUCAGGGAUUGUGUGACUGAUCAGAAUUACUACUGUUACCCGGGGUCUCUUACGACCCCAGACUUUCAGGAAUGCGCCAUCUGGAUCGUCUUCAGCAAACCUUUCGAAAUUUCAAGCAGUCAGUUGGAAGAAUUCAGAGAACUAAAGUCUAGCGAAGGUGGUAAACUCAUCAACAAAAAUGACCGAGAACUACAAGAUUUCAACGAUAGACCCAUCCUAUUCUCAGUUGGAGAGAUUAAGUCCAUCGAGUAGUACUUGGUAUCAUAAUCGUUGGCCACGGUUACGAGUUGUCUCUCUAAUAAAAACAAAAUAACUUAAAAAUA